UACAGCAAUAUUGACUCAAAUUAACAUUUGUAGACAUUUUCACAUAUAUCAGCAGCAACUCCACUUAAAAAUUCAUGGCCGUCCCACAAAAACUCCUCCAAGUUAUCCUCAGCUAUGCCUGUGGAAGAAAUGAGUGACCAGCCAGUUUCAUCUUUGUGGGACCAGGGAACAACAAAAACAUAUCAAAUUCCUAUUAAUCAUCUGGACUACAAGUUCAUUGAAAAGUGCUCAGAUGUUAAACACCUGGAAAAAAUUCUCAGGAUAUUGAGGUCUGGUGAGGAAGGAUAUUACCCUGAUCUUACAUUAUUCUGUGAAAAACGCAUUGAAUGUUUAGCUCCAGGGAGCAGAGCCCUGCGAAAAGAUAAACCUCCAGCCUCUGCAUCUGACUUUACAACUGAAGAAUGGGAAAAAAUUAAUGAUGAAAUGAAGAGCUGGGUGACAGAAAUGAAGGAAGAUGAUUAUAAAAUACAAUUUCCUGUAACAGAAACACUUCAUGAAAGACUAGACAAUUUGCCAGCAGUUCGUGGUUCAAAUAGCUGCCUUCAUGGUGGCCAGAACAAAGAAAAUAAACAAAGAAAGAAGAAAAAUAUACCACGAGAUUACAGGGAAUGGGACAAGUUUGAUGUGGAAAAGGAGUGUUCAAAAGUUGAUGAGGUCUAUGAAGAAAAUAAUUCAAAAGCAUGUUUCAAUAUUAGUUCAAAUUUACCCGUAAUUGAAAAGAAAAUAGAGACAACAGGUAUGACUAAGAAAGAGAGAAAUUUUAUUGCUAAUCGUGAAAAAGAAAAAGGUAAUGAAGCCUUUGCCAUUGGGGAUUAUAAAGAAGCAGUGACAUAUUACACUCGGAGCAUAUCAGUAUUGCCCACUGUGGCAGCAUAUAAUAACAGAGCUCAAGCAGAAAUCAAACUUCAAAACUGGCAUAAUGCUUUCCAGGAUUGUGAGAAAGUGUUAGAUUUGGAGCCUGGCAACCUAAAAGCUCUUAUGCGCCGUGCCACUGUACACAAGCAUCUACAGAAUUACCAGGCAGCUAUAGAGGACUUGGCCAAAGUAUUACAUGUUGAACCAGAAAAUGCCAUAGCUAAGAAAAAUCUGUCAGAUAUUGAGCAGAAGCUGAAAGAUUUAGAGCCUGUAUCUGAGACUCACACCAAAGGAAAAAGAAUAGUUAUUCAAGAUAUCGAGGAGUCGGACGGUGAUGAAGAAAGAGGAGGAAACGGAGAAGAACAUGAAAGUGGCAGUGGAGAUAAAAAAACUGGUGUACUACUCGGAGGCAAGAUUGCAACUAAAAGUGAAAUGGGGAAUCUACAAAAAAAGUUUUCCAGCAAAGGAGAUGGCUGUAAGUCAGAGACGCAGAAGCAGAGUGAAUACACUGAGAGUAGAGUAAAAAAAGACGUAUCAGAGAAAAAGACAAUUGAACAUUUACCAGACCAUGAAGGUGAAGUUAAUGGUUAUCUAAAUGGUAAAAAAAAGAAUGAAAACAAUGAUCUAAAGAAGGAGACCUCCAGUUCACAUGGGACGGAAUCUUCAUCCACUGGGAAAAGCAUUUCUAAUUUGCUUCCUCCUACUGCAGCAAAACUGAAAAGUGAAGGAAAUGAGUUAUUUAAGAAUGGGCAAUUUGGAGAGGCUGUGCUGAGGUACUCAGAGGCCAUUGAAAAUGUCAUCAAUUUAGGAGUACAAAGUCGAGAUGAUCUAAGUAUCUUGUAUUCAAAUAGAGCAGCAUGUUACCUUAAAGAAGGCAACUGCAGUGACUGCAUUCAAGAUUGUAACAGAGCUCUGGAACUUCAUCCAUUUUCCCUUAAACCUCUUCUGCGACGGGCAAUGGCAUACGAGUCCAUGGAGCGAUAUCGGCAGGCGUAUGUUGAUUAUAAAAUGGUUCUACAGAUAGAUAGUGGGAUCCAGGCAGCAAAUGACAGUGUUAAUAGAAUAACAAGAACUUUAAUAGAUCAAGAUGGUCCAAGUUGGAGAGAGAAGCUACCACCAAUUCCAGUUGUCCCUGUUUCUGCUCAAUUACACAAAUGGGAUGGAGGAAGCCUUACUUCAGAAACUAAGCGAAAGAACAUUGCAGACUUCAAUGGAGAUAGACAAUCAGAGAUGAACAGUGAAAAAACUGAAGAGAAUUUCAGGACCCUUAAGAAUGAAGGAAAUGAAUUUGUAAAGAAGGGUGAAUAUAAAGAAGCUCUAAUGAAAUACAACGAGUGCAUGAAAUUAAAUUCCAAGGAAUGUGCUAUCUACACUAACAGGGCUCUCUGUUACUUAAAAUUGUGUCAAUAUGAAGAGGCUAAACUGGAUUGUGAUCAUGUUCUUCAGAUAGAAGACUCUAAUGUCAAAGCUUUUUAUAGAAGAGCUCUAGCAUACAAAGGACUACAGAAUUACCAAGCCAGUGUUGAUGAUCUCAGCAAAGUACUUAUAAUAGAUCCAAAUGUGGCUGAAGCAAAGAGGGAACUACAAGAGAUCACCCAGUUGCUUAACCUUAAAAAUGAUGUUGGAGCCAGUAGCCAGCAAAAGCAAAGGAAGAAAAUCAAAAUACAAGAGGUGAAUGAGGGUAAUGAAGAGGAGAGACAGACCAGUACCUCAGAGGAUGCUGUGCUUAAUUACCAAGUUGCCAAAGGAGGAGCUGAAAACAGUUUGCCAUUGAAAAUCUCUGAAAAACUGCUUAUUUCAGAACCAUCUAAUGCCUAUGAGUUUGGUCAGAUUAUAAAUGCGGUGAAUGUCAAGAAGGAUGAAGCUGCCUGUGCAGAUCUUUUAACCAUUAUUGAUCCAAAAAAAUUGCCAAUGCUGCUAAGUAACAAACUAGAAGGGGAUACCAUUCUGAUCUUUAUGCGAGCACUGGAAUGUCAUCUACUUGGGAAAGACCCUGGCCUUGUGUAUCAGCACCUUCUUUAUCUGAGUAAAGUUGAGAGGUUUAAGGCAGUGCUGACACUUCUUAGCAAGAAUGAAAAAGAGCAGGUUCAGCAGUUGUUUGAUUCUCUUUCAAAAAAGCAAAAUCACCAAUUUUCUUUAGAAGACCUGGAGAGUCUUAAAAGGGUUUAUGAACUUUAAACAGAAUUUUUAACAUUUGCAUGUAUAUAGUUGAUGUUGGUAGGCUGGGUGUAUGAACUAUGCAGACUUGCAUGGGAUAAAGUCAGUCUUUUACCUGGAUUGUUCAAGAUGCUGUAUGUAUAUAUAUAUAUAUAUU